AUGCCUACUAUCAGCAAAAAGAACUCGAACAAAGAGUAUCAUGCACCCGGACAACACACAUAUUGUGAAUUUCACCGUCGCCAUCGAGCUACCAAGCAAAGAGCAAAGCGCGCCGAGAAAAUCUACAGGCACGCAUCGACAACUAGUCUAGAAGAUUCUCGCGACGUGACGCGCCAAGCUCCAUCGGUUCCACAAGCACAAGCAGCAUUGCCCACGCGCGCUAUCCAUGCACCAAACGUAUCGUGGCAGAAACUAUUUUGGGUUUCUUUCCCUGACACAAAGCGACUCGACGAGACGGCCACUCUCGCUAUCCAGCUUUUCCCCGAGGACCGUGAGAGCCUUGGUCACGAUCCCUGGCUAACAGAAGCCUGUUCGAUGACAUUGCACAACACUGUCAUACCGUCUGAUAACGAGGACUGCUUCAUACACCAAGGCCUAGUCACGGCACUAGCCACGAAAGCACUGGCUCAAAUUUCCGUCGAUGCGCAUACAUGGGACUGGCUGGCAACUCAACUCCAAGGUAACCUACUGUCUAGGUCCUGCACAGAUGAAGAUGGGAAUGCGCUGCAUGGCAUACUGUUCCUGCAUUGGACCACUAACGAGCCCACAAACCCCACCCUAGACAAGGUCUACAGCGCGGUACGCCUGUUAAAACAUAUCCACCCAGCAUCAUUUCGCGUCUACCCAAACGAGAACGAAGCCGAGCAAGAGAGGAACAAGCUAGGGGAUAUUCGGGCCUUAGACGAAGUCGCUUCUUCGUCGCCGCAAGAGUUUUCCUACCGGCCCAGGACAUGCUAUGGGCAUGGUCCAUGCAAGCUCCGCGAUUACCAGACAACAGUCCACAAGAGGACACAGAUCAGAGGCGCAAAUGCUGGAGACUACGUCGCAGAACAGCCGAGGUCGGAAAAAGAAACCCAUAGUGGCGUCAAGCAAGAGUUCGUCCCGUCACUACAGAGCUGUGAGUUUCGAGUCUUCAUUGCCACUGAACCAAGCAAAAGAGGCAUCCGAGGUCGGAUUGGUCAGGUUAUUGCCAUUGCGAAGACUUCCUUCAACAGUGAUACACAAGCACUCGCGGUACGAGAGUUCCUUCCGGAAGACUUGGAGCCCACAUUGACCCGGUUGGAUCUCGUUCGAUUUGCCCUCUUUAUCUUUAAGAGGCUACGCGCGCGACCAGACAGUAUGAUCUUCUUCGAGUCUCUCGAAGUUGGCGUGCGUCUCGAUAUCGGCGUUGCCGACACUGGGACUGCUAAAAAGGCUUUCUUUGUAAACGAAAUCAUACGGUGGUACGGAGCACACUACUUCUCUUAUCACAUCUGCGCAGAACCAAAGACGCAAAUAUGCAAGGCGUUUGCGGGUGCCUUUGCCAUGGUUAUCAACUCUGGUACGGGGUGCGUAUCCUAG